ACAGAUUUUUUUAAAUUUUUUCCUGGGGGUACAGAACUACUUUUCUCUCUCUGUUAAAACGUGUUCAUGUCGAAAGUUGUAACGCUGAUCUCUGACCAUUGUGGGCAGUCACAGCCCGAAGCGCUGCACAGCCUCCGGGAAGGCGGGACGGAGGCGGAGCUGUGUUGGAAAAGGAGAAUGUGUCUGAAUGUGGGAGGUGGAUUACCGUGGGGACUGGUUUACCAAGAGGGGACAAAGCCUGAUACUAUUUUGGGCAGUGUGCCUCUGGACCUUAUUUUCUCCCGUGUUGUAGUUUAUUGAACUUUUUAAAAUUUUAACAAGUGAGGCGUCGUUUCCGACAAAAAAAGAAAAAGACCACUUGAUUUGUAGGGGGAAAAGAAAUAAAGAUCAGCAACACCGAGGCUGUGGAGCAAUGACGGAGCAAAAUUUGUAAAACCAUUUCUGACUGCCCAAUGACUGCACUGAGCCGUGGGAAACAACACCAGGACAGGGCACACGGAGAGAGCCAGCAGGAUGGGAAUGGGGAGCUCCUGGUGAUCUGGGCACUUUCUCCUUCGUGUCACUGACCAGCCAGGAGCCGCUUUAGGACAUGGAUCCCAAAAGAGCAAGAGGUACCAGGAAGCGCCACUGAUCUGCACAGACCCCUUUGCCUGCUGCUGCCCCACAGGGAACAGAACCCAUCCCACUGCAGGGUGCUGCUGAGGAGCCACAUGGUCCAUCCCUGGAUUCUCCAAGCACUGACUGCCCAUCCACUCUGACCACAGCCAGGGGACACAUCCCACUGCCUGCCCAGCGUCCAUCCAUGGAGGUGACCACCAUGUCCUCACGUCCUGACUCACACAAUGAAGGAGACGAUCUCUGUGAGACAGAUGUCACCAGCGUGGCCACACACAGUGUGACACUGCUCAUCUGCCUCUGUGGGGUGGCUGGGAACGGGGCUGUCAUCGGCCUCCUCAGCCUGAAAACCUAUAAUUCUGGCAUAUUCAAGCUGGCUGUUGCCGACUUCCUCUUCCUUCUCCUCACAGUCCUCUCCGCCCUCCUCUUCCUGGUGGAGGAUGUGUCCUGCUCUCCUGUCAUGCCCAUGCUGUACCUGCGUUUCCUUUUCCAGCUCUCACUGGUCUCCUACUACUGGGGGCUGUUCUGGCUCAGGCCUGCUGGCACUGUGCUCUAUAUGCACAAGAUCUUCCAGCGCUGCCGCUGGGACCUUACUGAGCGAAUGUGGUUGCUGGUGGGAAGUGUCCAGUCCUGGGCUUUCUUUGCUCUCUUCACUGUCAUUCCCUCGGUGAUAUUCCUGUGCCAUUCCCAAGAGCAGGAGUGCUGCCGUGUGCCUCUCAUCUCCAUGUACACCAUUAUCCUGCUCCUCUUGGCUGCUCCCGUGGUCAUUUCUGGCACAAUUGAUUUCAUUAAUGCCAAGAGGGGCUCCCAGGAGCAGCAGCCCAAGAGGCGUGACAUGGUUAUCCACCUGGCUACGCUGUUAACUCUCCUCCUCAGCCUCUGCCAUUUCCUGCAGCAGCUCGGCUACAUCGAUGUGCCCUCCCAGGCUGUUUUCCUGCUCCCCUGUACCAACAGCAGCAUCAAACCUUUCAUCUACUUCUUGGCAGGGAGCUCCUGGAAGGCCUUUUUCACAUUUAGGUACUGGAGGCACUCUACAGUGGGAUCCCUCCGGCUCUCCCUCCAGAGGAUCUUUGAGUAGCAGAAAGAAAAAACAGCCCACAGAAAUGCGUCCCCCAGGGACACAGGGAUGUAAGCCUAUGGAUGCCUUCCACUGCUCUGCUGAAGGUCCUCGGCCAGAGGCUGAGGGUUUCCCUUGAUAUUAAUCAGGAAUUCCUGAUUGAUAAAUAUCCACGGGAUCCCCUCCCUGCGGUGAUGCAAUCCUACAAGAGAAGGGAGCACGGGCAUUACCUUGGCUGAUUUUUGUGGGAUGCACUGCAGUGAGCACACUGGAGCAUGGCUUUCCUCCUCCCUCCUGCAUCCCCAUGACUCCAAGCAGUGCAGCUGGGCUCAGUGCUGUUCCCCAGCUCUAUUCCCCAUGGAAUGACCCUCAUGGCCUCAGCCCCAGGGAAUGAACUCCAUCUCCUUGGGCUCAGCAGAUGAGUUUCAUGGUGUUAUCAGGGAGCUCUGGCCUGCAAAGAAUGGGACACCUUAAUCCCUGGGGACACACCCAGCACGGGGUGGCAGUGAUUUCCCAAAUCCCUGUGGGGCUGGUGCCUCUGGAUGGCAGGAGAGGGGUUGGGAUCACACGGAGCAUCCUUCCCUUUCUGUCCAGCAGAGCCAGCCCUGCAUUCCCAGCUGAUGGGAAGGGACACCAGGUAGGGCUGCAGAGGUGGGGAGGGACAGCAACAUUCCCUUAUCCUUUCAGUGGGAAUUUGUCACAGGAUUUAAUUCCAAAAUUAAAUCCUUCUCAACAUCAAAGUGCAGGGUGGAUAGUGGACUCCACUGAUCUUCUGUGCCUGUACCAGAAAGUACAUGGAAUAUGGAAAUUCCCAUCACCAGAUGCUUGGACCAUUUAGUUGCCCAGAGAUUAGGGGGUUGUGCUGCUCUUCUGCAGAAUUGGGCCCCUCCAUCCUCUGGUUCCCCAGCAUCAAUGCCCAAGGAAGCCCUUGACCACCUCCAUCCUGAACCUGGCCACCCUCAGGAGGAGCUGCACAGCCACUCUGCACAGCAGCUUCAGCCACAGCCCAGCCUGUCCUGAUCUUUGUCAUUCUGUAACCACCCCUCAACCAGAUUUGGAUUCAUGGUUUUGGUUUCUUUUCACUGUGGUGGUUCCAGCCUCUGAAUUUGUUGAAUAAACAAUAUCCAGGCUUCACUGUAGAGCCUGUCCCUGUUGAA